UUCAACAGGAAUAUGAAGCACCCCCAGCAGGGACAGCGCCUGGAGCUGGAGUGCCAGACAUCCAGAAUCAUAUUUGGAGCCUCCUGGGUCCGCAUGGACAACAGUGGCAACCUUCACUUCAUUGCCUACAGUAACUCUCGAUACAACACAAUCUUUCAUCAGAAUAAGAGAGUAUCUCAGCGCUUCGAAAUAUCAUGGAGAUAUAGCUCCCCUUGGCUGGUGGUGAAGUCCUUCACGGCACAGGACCAGGGGAUCUAUUUCUGCAUCAACGUCAUCAACCAGGAGCUGCACUUCAGCUCUGGACAACCCGCCUUCUUCCCAGUCACAACAACAGCAGCACCCACCAUACCUGCAGCCACCAACCAGGGCAGUCAAGUCACCAAGAAAGACAUCUUCUGGCACAACCCAGAUCCAGGUAACAAUCUGCAGUGA